AUGGUGGUUCAAUCACAGUUCAUGCCAGCCGCUGAUCUACAUGUGAUACAUCUGAAACAAGUCGUACCCGAAGAAAUAUUGCUGGAGCCGCCUUACUUGGGUGCGGAUCUAUAUCCGAAAGCAAAACUUGCAUGGUACCGGAAGAAGAGAGUGAUAAUUUUGAUGGGCGUGUUAUUACUUUUUGCAAUUACAGGGAUCGUUGUUGGAUCUGUCUUGGGAACAAGGUCUCGGGUGGUCGAUACUCUGAUCAGAUGGGACGAGAGAAAUUGGGCUUAUUCAUGCGAUUUUCCUGGCAAUAACCUUGCAAAUGUCUCAAGCUCACCGCCGUCAUGUGGACCAAAGUGCAACACGAUGCCAAAUUGUACUCAUUUUACAUGGAGCAACUACAAUACUGGCACAUGUUUCUUGAAAUAUGGCAAUGUGACAAAACAGGAUGCUGUCUUCAAGAAUGAUCAGACUAUGAUCUGUGGUAUAGUAUAA